AUGGCGCAAAACACCUCUCUCUGCACUUUGCCGCCAGAGAUCAGGAUUUCCAUCGCUGGCCACCUUGAUGCGAAAAGUCUGCUGGCGCUCAGCCUGACGUGCACCCCGUUUCGCCGCCUGAUCCAGUUGACUUCGGACCAGCGCCUUCAGACCCUGCUUCAACUCGAGCUCCUCGAUCGAUAUGGCGGUAAAGUGAGAGUCUACGGAAACCGACCGGAAAAUGGAGGAGAGCGUUUUGCGACGGCGCAGCAAAUAGCGGAUUGGGGACGGUUUCGAUGGGCGUGCUCUGGAUGCCUACGCGUGCUGCCUCAUCUUGAGUUUGACAACCGACUCAUCUUUGGGAGUGCGUACAAGAAGCCAGUACACACACGGCCGAGCGAUCACGUCUGGUCCUGGGGCUCUCGCCCGGACGAGGUUGACAUGCGAUUGCUCGGUUCGGGGGAGAAGCGUCAUUUGCGCCAGUGCAACGAGUGUCUGUUCCAGCGAGGCUCCUCACCUCUCCGCUACGUGGACGAAUUCUGCCUGGGUUCUAAAGGGACCACGCCUCCAGCCCUGUCCCGUCGCGUCCCGGUUGCCAACAGCCGCCGAAUACGUUGCGCAUCUGCGUUCAACAGAUUCUUUCCAGGGUUUCUCGACUUUCUUUCACGCAGUUUGGACGAAUCGAAGGAGGUGCCUAGCAAACGGACCCUGCAGUACCUCGGAUACCACUCACGGCUUUAUCCUGUUCGCUCUUCUAAAUGCUACCUACUUCGUUGUCCGUCAUGCGAACGAUGGAAGGAGUUGCGAACUUUUCCCGUCCCAUGUAACGUCUCGUGUUGGAGCGCUGAUACGGAAUCGGCCAAAGAAAGGAUGUUUGUUUCGCCCGAUCGCGUCUUGCAGUUUGACGAGCACCACCCCAUUAAUUUUGGCUGCAUGACGUGCUUAGUUGCUAAAGGAAAUGACCGUGACUCUAUUGCUGCGGUGGUGCUGGCCCUGUUUAAAAGCGAGAUGGAUCUUGCCAUCAGGGCCGAGGAACAACGCUUGGAGGUUGGUUGGCGCGUGAUGACACAAUUCAUCAAGUCCGAUUGGCCCGAAUCUGUCCGCCAGGAGCUGGAGAUAGUCAAGGGAGUUCUGGACGAAAACAUGCAGGGAAUCACGAAUCUGGAUUUGCAGGAACUGGGAAACUCUCGAAGAAAGCUCAGGGAUUUCAUGGAUGGGGUCUCCAGAGACCCUUCAUUUCGGCGCGAUUGCUGUUCGCAGAGUUGCCCACGGUCGACAGUGGCGGCAUUUGUGAGGCACUACGAUGCCAUGGUCGCAGAAAUAAAUUGGCUGCAUGAAGCAAGGGCGGCUGUAGAAGCGAUGCCGGAGCUUUUGAUCAACUGGGCGUUGAAUCCGCAGAACAUGGACAAACCGCCAUGGGACCAACCUGACCUUCCGGUGCGGAAUUUUAGCACUGAUGAAAAUUGA